AUGGCCUCUCGCCAAAUACAACAAGAGCAACAACCGUGGCUUUUGGAAAAUGGUCAUCCAAAGGUCUUAACCAAAGAGUCUAGACAUGGACAUGGCCGGAGCCGAACCGCGCAUAACAUGUCGUCCUCUUCGUUGCGAAAGAAGUCCGACCGAACGCUCGUGUCGAAGAUUCGAUGCGCUUCGGUUAGGAAUGUGGUGGCUAAUAUCCAAGAGGUUAUUCUUGGAACAAAGCUUUCCAUUCUCUUUCCUGCCAUUCCUGCUGCCAUCGUAGCUCAUUACCUUGGCUUUGGAAGAUCCUGGGUUUUCAUAUUGAGCUUACUUGGCCUCACUCCACUUGCUGAACGUGUGAGCUUUCUCACGGAACAAAUUGCCAUAUUCACUGGUCCUACAGUUGGAGGACUUCUUAAUGCAACAUGUGGGAAUGUUACUGAACUUAUUAUUGCAAUAUUUGCUCUUACCACCAACAAGAUUGCUGUUGUCAAGUAUUCUCUAUUAGGCUCCGUGCUUUCGAAUCUUCUUCUUGUUCUUGGAACUUCUCUACUUUGCGGUGGAAUUGCGAAUAUUGGAGAAGAGCAGAAAUACGACCGAAGACAAGCGGAUGUGAACUCGCUGAUGUUGCUAUUGGCGUUGUUAUGCCAUUUGCUGCCGUUGCUAUUCACGUACAGCGCUGCAUCGGCUGAACUCACCGCACAGCCUUCACUGUAUUUGUCGAGAGCGGCUAGCAUUGUUAUGUUGGUUGCGUAUUUUGCUUACUUGAUUUUUCAACUGUGGACACAUAGGCAAUUGUUUGAAGCGGAAGAUGAAGGUGAAGGUGAGAGCAAUGAAGCGGAAGAAGAGGCUGUGAUUGGAUUUUGGAGUGGAUUUGCUUGGUUGGCUGGAAUGACUGUGUUCAUUGCUUUGUUGUCUGAAUAUGUGGUGGAUACAAUUGAGGAUGCAUCAGAUUCAUGGGGUUUAUCCGUGAGCUUCCUCAGCAUAAUCUUGCUUCCAAUAGUUGGCAAUGCGGCCGAACAUGCAGGAGCAAUCAUUUUCGCUUUCAAGAACAAGCUGGACAUUUCCUUAGGUGUUGCAUUGGGCUCUUCUACUCAAAUUGCCAUGUUUGUGGUUCCACUCUGUGUUACUGUUGCUUGGGGAAUGGGUGUGAAUAUGGACCUAAACUUCAACCUCCUUGAGACAGGUUCUCUUGCUGUGGCAAUCAUAGUCACAUCAUUCACUUUACAGGAUGGUACUUCUCACUACAUGAAAGGCCUUGUUCUCCUACUUUGUUACCUUGUUAUUGCUGCAUGCUUCUUUGUACAAAGAAUUCCCAAUGAGCCGAAUGAUGUUCAUAACAUCACUCUUAAAACUGUCACUGAUUCAGUUUUAAGUGCCUAA